CUAUGCAUUAUUUUCAGAGUUACCUUCCAUAGGUAUGACGUCACUGUACACUCCAAGUUGUUUACAAAUGGCGACCGCUUGACAGGUGCGAGCAACUAAAGUCAAGUUCCCAACAUGGCAGAAAAACCCAAGUUACACCACAAAAAAGGAAAGAAAGUGAAGACAAAAAUUCCAACAGAGGAGGAAGAAAAUAGAGAAACAGUGAUAACAGAAGAUAAUAAAUCGGAAUCUAAGACAGAUAUUACCAAAGAUGAGCAAAAUGGAGAGGUAUCUACAAAAACAUCUACAGUACAGACUUCAGUAAAAACCAAGGAAACUAUGGAGUUCACAACACUUGAUACAACAGAAGAGGAGGAGAUUCAGUAUGUGCCUCCACCCAGGGAUGAUACGCUUCCUGACCUGUACCGCCUGAUGGAUAGUCUAGAGGAGGGGGAGACGGACCUGGUCACCAAGAGGGACCCCCCGGCUCUAUUUACCAGGGAGGAACAUGUCCCCAAAUAUGAGAAGAUCUCAGAAUUAAAGCUGGCCAUGGAGAAGGAAGAGUAUCCAGCCUACCUGAAUGACUUUGAGGAAGGAGUUAAGGAUGAUGUGGUGAUGCUCGGUCAGAUCUCACUGGAGGAGGUUCAGGAGGAGGAGAAGAGACUCAGAGACGAGCACAUACAAUACUUGGAUCAGGAAGCGGAAAGAAAGAGAAAACUUCAGGAGGAGGUUCUCCGACGUGAGGAGGAAGCCAAGCAGAGAAUGGCUAAAGUGACCAAGGACAGCAGGACAGACAUAGCCAAGAGGGAGGAGAUCUUGAGACAGAGAGAGAAGCUGUUGAUGGACCGUCUCCACCGUGCCUACAGACGGGCGGAGAGUCAGCUGAUCAGUGUGCUGGAGCGGAGGAAGGGGGAGGUCCAGACAUUCUACGGGGACCUGAUGCUGGCUGAUGGGGUGUAUGGAGGGAGUCAGAGCCGCAGGUGGAAGGUAGACUGGAACAAAACGCCACAACCAAUCCAGAUCAAGCUGAUGUGUCUGAGAGGGGUCAGGGAUAAACUUCCAGGUGGAAGAUAUGUUAUGAUGGUGUCCCUGUACAAUCGACUUGGAGGUCACAACAUGAGGUGGUCAAAGUUGAAAGGUCAAACCUGGGGUGCAGCAACAUUGCCUGUAAACCAUGAUGGCAGAUAUUACAAUGUAGAAAUGAAAAUGGACCAGAGUGUGUUUACCGUCCUCCCGGCUAAAGCCUCUCUGAGACCCGGAAUGGUGCUGAUGUUUGAGUUGUUUUUAUUGAGAGGCGCUGUCGUGGCGACGGACCACGUGGUGGGCUGGGGCUGCUUCCCUAUCUGUGAUGGACAGUUUGAUAUCAUCGAGGGAAAAUACAAGUGCCCCUUCCUGCGAGGUGAAAUGGAUUAUGUUCUGGACAAACAUGAGAAGAUAGAGGAACUAAUGGCUUCAGACAUGGAUCAUUGGCUCUGUAACAUGUACUUUGAAAUCGUAAAGCUGCCUAGACACCUGGCAGGCCAGAAGGAGUAUGAAGUGGAGCUGGAAUUCUCGUCCUCCAUUACUGGAUUUCCCAGUCGUGUCAACCAAGGGGAGGAGUGUCGGGAUGGAGAGGAACCCAUCCCUGGGUCAAUGUCAUCUAUCAGCUCUGACCCCAGCACCUCUCGAGUCAGUCUGACCAGCCCGACAGGGACAGAUUUUGAUGGCAACAAGUCAGACGCCACAGCAACCAAAAUCAAGCUCAAUGAAAGAGCUGGAUCAGAUGAUAAGAGGCCUUCCACUGCUGCUACCACUUUCGGAUCAAGAAUUAUCCACAAAGACAAGAAGGUGGAUCUGGAUUCUGACUCGGAUGAUGCUGAAGACGAGGCCUUGGCUGACCUCAAUGAUCUGAAAGCCAUCCGUAAAGAGGAGGAUUUCAGACCCGUGGAUGGAAUGCCAGGGAUGUACUAUAAGAAAUACCUGAACAACCCUGUGGAGGUGUACCAUAACAAGCUGUACUCCCUGUUACCGCGAACUCACAUCCUCCAACCACCAGUCAACCGCAAAAAACUCACUCAUGUAGAGGAACUCGAGCAACACUCAUUUGUUGUCCAGCCUCCUUUUGCUGAGAAAGGCCACACCUCCAGUGGAACCAACAAGAAAUUGCAGUACGUGGGUCGUCAGUUUAUGGCGGAGCUGGGAUUAUCGGAGUGGAGAAGCAGGGAAUUCUGGGGGAUGUUGUUGAUGUUUAUUAUUGUCUUCUUCCUACGUAUGUACAUUCACUACAUCGGUCAGUGGAUGUUCCUCAACGCAAUCAACAUCCCGGUCAACAAAUUUAACUUCCUGCCCUACACUGUGGAGCUGAACUACCAGAGCACGCUGAUGGCAACACGGGAGGAGAUAGGGGUGGUGUGGCUGGGCCCCAUCACUAACAUUGUCGUCUUCUGUCUCCUCGUGGUCCUAUGUUGGGUCUGUCAGAAGCUAUUUGGACUGUUUCCGGACAUCGGCUGUAAAUUUGUCGUAGCUUACGGACUGUUUACCUUCUUAGACCCUCUCCUCAUCCUCAUUGUGGACAUGAGCAUAAAGAGAUACGAGGACACCUCGAUCUACCCCCAGGCUGACGUGGUGAAGCUGUACUACCACUUCCUGAGACUGGAGGGGUCAGGAUUGGCUGGGAUCUUCAUUGUGGCUUUCCUCUACACCUUCACCAUGUUUAUGUCGGCCUCUAUCCUGUAUAUGUACUUCCUCAGGCUCCAUAAUAAUGGCCGUUUGUUGGAUGUGUACUGGCGUCUCCAUGGUGAUGAGGACAACUUCUUCCUGCCGUAUGACCUUGAAGUCUCUAAUCAGGAGCUGAAUUACAUUGUGAAGAAGGCAGAAAAAUGGAGAGGGGAGGAAGGGGAGAGGAGGAAGACUGCUGUGUAUGACUAUAUUUGGGAAGAGGAAGAUGUGGAGGAGAGUAUUUGGGACGAGAGUGGAGUGGAACACAAGGAGACGGUGAAGGGGAAGAAGGAGAUCACGACUCACGUCUCCAUCCACACGAUUCACCUAGACGGACUCCGUGAACUCUACCGACACUUCCUAAGGCUGCCAGAUGGCGCUGUUGUUGAGGUAUUUGGAGACAUCUCUAUCCCUGGAAUGGACAAAGAUAUGAAGACGGCCCUGGAGCGAGGAGCCCGAGGGGUGGAGAAUCUUAUGGGGUCACAGGCCAGCUUUCACGGGGUACGUGGGAGAAGAAGUGCCCACACUCGAUCAGGAUUCACUGCGGACGAUUUCCCUCCCCCAGCCUCCCCCUCCCCAAGUAGUAGUGAUGACUCCCUCCCCAAGAAAAAGAAGUUAAAGAGGACAGCAAGCAGGAACUGAUGGAUAAUGGCUUCCAUGUGUGAAAGGACUAAAUCUAUCUUUUAUUUGCAUAGAGAUGAUAAGUGAAUUUUGAAUUGUUUCUAAAUGACAACCCUUUCUUUCAAGUAGCUUGAUUUAAAAAAAAAACAACAACACUGUUACAUUUAUCAGCAUUGGAAAGCAUACUUUUAGAUGACAUGUCUUGUUCAAGAAGCUCCAGCGUCAUUGUCCUACUUUAAAUACUGUAUAGCAGGAAAUUUUUGCCCCUGUUCAUUUUUGCUCCUUUCCCCCUAACCUCGGUUGGAUGAAUGAAAAGAAUGCAGUAUAAUUUCUUAAAUAAAACUGUGACUGGGCGAAUUUAAAACAGGGCAAAUUGUUUGCAAGUGCUGAAGGGCAAAAAUAGAGUGGGGCAAAAAUAACCCUGCAUACAGUAACAUGUUUGUAAUACUGUAUUUUAUGCUGAGCAGGACUUGAGCAUGUGUUUUGUGAGUUUGUUUUUGUCUUGAGAAUUUUGUUAAUUUCUGUCCAAAAAGAUAUAAACAGCUUCAGAAGUGUUCCAGAAAUACCCCUAUAAUACUGCUUUUGUCAUGGCUAGUUGCAAUACUUGUUUUCAUUUUAUUUUGAUAUUUAUCUUUUUUCUUUUCCGUCCUGCAAAGUUAUAUUUGAUUUAUUUUCAUGUUAUUUUAAAAUAAUGUAGACUUGUAAUAUAUGUAUAUGUAACUGUUGGUAUGACCUCAUAAUUAUCAUAGUUAUAUGUAGCAGUAUGCGAUCCUGCUUAUUUACUAGAUACAUGUAUAAGGGAUACUGUAAAUCUGAAAAUUUACGAGUGAUGCAUAGAAUCAUCAGAAUAUCAGAACCUUUGCAUUUUAAAUAAAAACACAAUGAUGUAGUCAUUUAAUUUGAACAAGUUUGAAUUCUGUCAAAUGAAUUUAAAAAAAAAACCUUUCCUUUUAGUUUUGAAUUAAACAUUGUAAUAAUUCUUUAAGGAAUCAAAAAAUGGAUACAUUAGGUUCUAUACAAAAAAAAAAGAUCAUCUUUGACUGAAAUGAAUUUCCAAAUUUACAGUAUUUUUCCAAUGGUAUCAUAUGAUUGCACUUUAAUUAAGAUAAUUACAUUUUUGUCAUCUUUUUUAAAAUUAAUUGUAACAGUAGCUGAUUCAAGAACAAAUCAAUGACAAAUGUUGAUGCAAUAUUUUAAUCCUGUAUUAAACAUAUGUAAAGCAUUUAUGUACUAUAUAUUUAAUAUAUUUUUUUUCUGUUCUGCUAGUCUGUGAUUAUAAAGCUAUGUUACUCCUUUUACAAUCUAUUUAUUAUAAACAUUUUUGAUAAAAUAUCCAGCAUUAUUGCAACAAUGGUAGAAAGUCUCAUUUAAUUUUUUUAAAAAUGUUUUUUCCCCCAUUUUUUGGUUGUGAAGACUUACCUUUUUUUAAAUACUGUAGUUAAUUAUACUAAAUAUAUUUUUGAAAGAAAAACAAAUUAAUAUGCUUAGUUUAUUUUUGCACAUCAACCACAAAAAGACCAGUGAUUUAUCUGUGAUAUUUUGUCCUCGUUAACAGUGACAAUGUUAAUUUUGUUGUUAAUUUUGUAGUUCAGUUUUUCCUAUCCUAGGACUCAUUAACAUUGACUGCUGGCAGUCAGAAUACGAAGUCUCCGUCCAUUUCUUUUAUGAUUACAUAACACCAACUUUGAGUUAUUUGUUUACAUUUUUCUUUUAUACAUUUAAUAAAAUGUAGAUUAGCAAA